AUGACUGGAGAACUGAUUGGGCAGGUGGAGCGACUAGCGGAGCAGGCGGAGCAGGCGGACGGCGACGAUGGGAUAGAUACUAGCUCAAUCGAUGGAGUAGCAGCAGGCCGUAUAGCUGACCUGGGGGCUGCGCGAGACUGCUUUUGGGCUGGAGGACUCCUGGAAUUUGCCGAUGACGCGCCAAGGAUCCACCGAUUAAUGCAUAUAACAGAUUCCGUCGAUGUUUGCAUCCGCUACAUACCUCGGCUCGUCUGUCAUCACACUAACAAUCAUCCUCCUCAUCCCUCUACCCUAACAUCCCCUCAACACCUCCUACGCCAUCCUACUCAAUUGCCAAACAAGACCUAUCUCACCAAUCCCUUGACAUACUCUCUUGCCACUAUGGAAUCUUCUCCUUUGACCAUGUUCAAACUCCUCCUCCCCAAACUCCCCUUCAUAUGCAAAAUUGCUCUCCUGCACACACUCUCCCUAUCUGAAAAUGCCACAAAAUGGGAUCUCCGAACAGAACUCACAAUAGAAAUCGUCCGACAGAUGCUUGGCCCAACCGCAAAACAACAGAGCAUCACAAAACAACAAUGGCUCACGACAAAAGAUCCAGGUGUGAAAGGGAGAGUCUGGGUGAGUAAGGUCAAGUGCGAGGUUCCUGGUGAGGAUGAUUUACGCCAGAUAUUAUUUAAAGCGAUUGAGGAUAUGGGGGGUGAGAAUGAGGGUGGAUGUGGAAAGGAUAUGUAUACCCCGCCUGAUGCCGUGCCAUUGGAGGCGGAGUGGAAUGGGUAUAGAGGCGGAGUUUCUGAAAAUGAGCCUGAACCUGCAGGACUGUCGGAAAAAGAGAAGUAUGAGAAUUUGAUGAAAGAAGUGCAGUCUCGGGUCACGCUAUUGUACUUUCACGGUGGUGCUAUGUAUCUUCUGGAUCCAGCGACAUAUCGACCUGUGACGAGCAAAAUUGCGAAAGCGACCGGAGGACGCGUAUUCUCGGUGCGGUAUCGCUUGUCACCGCAGAAUCCGUUUCCAGCUGCGCUGCUGGAUGCACUGACGGCAUAUCUGUCGUUGCUGUAUCCACCACCAGGCACACCGCACAACCCCAUACCAGCAUCGGAGAUUAUUAUUGGUGGCGACUCUGCAGGCGGCUUGCUGGCAACCGCACUGCUCCAAACGAUCCUACAGAUCCACCGAACGAACCCCUCCAAAACCGUGAAAUUCAACGGCAAAGAUGUCGAGAUCCCGAUCCCAGCAGCCCUAGCCCUAACCUCCCCAUGGCUCGACGUAACCCGGUCCCUCCCGUCUAUCGAAUCCCUCCGGAAAUACGACUACCUCCCACCCCCGAGCCAAACCUACCACAUGAACUACCCGCCCUGUUCUGCAUGGCCCGUCGACCCUCCCCGCGCAGAUCUAUAUUGCGAAGGCUCUGCACUUUGCCAUCCGCUCGUCUCACCCCUCGCGGCAAAGGACUGGACGUCCUCCCCCCCCAUAUUCUUCUCCCUCGGGCAAGAAAUGCUGCGCGACGAAGACGCGGUCCUAGCCCGCCGCAUCUCCUUCCAAGGCGGCAAAAUCGUUUGGCGCGAGUUCGAAGCCAUGCCGCAUUGUUUUGCGAUGAUGCUCGAGAGUCUCGAGGCUUCUCGGUUGCAUUUCUUGGAGUUAGGCGCAUUUUGUAAAAUUGUGGUUGAGAAGCCACUGGAUGUGAGGGCAAGUGCGUGUCUUGUAACAGUGAAGAGUUUGGUGAUGAGGGAGGUUAACGUCGAGAGGUUGAUUGAGUUGACGGAUGGGGAGGUUAGUAUAAUGAUGAGGGAAGGGCGGGAGAGGCUGGAGAGGAGGGCCUAUGCUAUAGGGAGGGAGAACAAGGAGGUUGUAGACUGGCUGGCCACCCUUGCGCGUCCUCCGUACCUCACCCACUUCUUUGUUGACCUAUUCUAUCAAUACCCGCUCCAGAGUGUGGCAAUCACAAAGCAGAACCCCAGCAAUCAUUCUUCCGAUGACUUUAUUGUGUUCAAGGAUCAAGCCAAUGUCGUCUCACAAAGUGAACUCGUAUUUCAAUCCUGGAAUACGCCAGACACAUGCCCGGCUGCCACUAGGUUAUCAGAGAGAGAGCUUAAUCAGGUACUUGGAUCCGCAACCUCCGCAUUAGGGCACAACCUCGUACAGCAGCGCAUAGACGGCGUCAAGAUCCAUAUCUUUCCCAUGCCCUCUAUUCUGUCAAGAUGA